UGAAGCGAGUCUUUGUUGUACUAUUGUUUGGUACAGCUUCUAUCAAUCACACCUUUUCGUCGGUAAACAAGGAUGGAAUACAGUACUCUUUACUUCAACACACUACCUGUUAUUAUUGUCCUAGCCUCAGUUUUCAUAAUUAUCGUGACGUUAUUAACAUGUGCCAAAAAAGAAACUCCCGAUGUGCAGCUAAGUCUUUCUAGCGCAGUUGCUGAAGAGAACGCUUCCAAGGUUACUAUUGGGUGUAUUCUGAAGCCUGCAGAUUUGAAGUUCACGUAUAUCAGGUGGUAUAGAACUGGAGAUGACCAAAAACCAAUUGGAGACGUACUCGCAGAAAUCCACUAUUCAAAAUGCAACACACGGCCUAGUGAGGAUAAUAAUGAAAAUAAUAGCAAGCGAGAAAUAAGACAGGAUCCAGAUGUAAGUACGGUAUGUUAUGUAAAUGAGAAAAACACAAUACAGAGGACGGACGUUGAGGGUGCCUAUGCGAACAUUAGCCCCUGUGAAAGUAGUAAGAGACUCGUGUAUAAUAUCGUUAUCAUCAUCAUCUUAAUUAUCAACAUCUUCAUUAUCAAUAUCUUCAUCAUCAUCGGCAUCGUCAACAGGGGUGGAUCCUGAGAUGUCCGAAAGGGGGGUUAAAAGUGGGACCGAUCGAGAUAUAACUACCCCGGGGGUCCGGGGGCAUGCUAGACGCCCGAAAUUAACCUAUGAGGAGCUUUGGGCGAUCAUUUUUUUUCUUCUUUGUUUUUUGUUUUUUCGCUUUCCAAAAGGGGUGGGGGCUCUAAAUCCGCCCC